UGGAGCUUUCCGGACCCAAUAAGAUGUUGGACCCGGUCUGGUUACCCUGGUAACAGGUGUCGCGGUUUGUCAAGGAACCCAGAGAGCAGUCAUAUCUUUCCACAGACUUAAAAGGGCUCUUCACCUCAAUCAUGGAGUCUUCCUCAAAGGGUCUGCUCACCCACGUUACUCAAUUCUGGAACCUCCUAGACGAUCUGGCUGAAAGCAACCCUGAGGGCUACGAGAAGUUUAUUCAACAGCAGCUGAAAGAAGGGGAACAGCUCUGUGCCGCCCCAGAACCACAGCUCUGUCUACAGACCAGGAUCCUGAAACCAAAGGAAAAAAUACUUUUCAUCAACCUAUGUCAGUGGAAAAGGAUCCCAGCUCCCUAAUCAAACACUCAUCCAGCGGCUUUAAGUGUUGGCAGACCAGAAGAUAUGUCUGAGAACUCAGAUGUUUAUACAGUCAUCGAUGUGGCCUACAAUCCUGAUGUUCUCCAGGCUGCAGAAAAGGACCAAGUGAGAAAAAAUCAAUUAAUACAGGUGGCCAUGAAAUGCAUUGAGGAAAAGCUCCAACUCACUCUCUCGCACUCUUACAGUAUUACCAAAUUUAGAAUAAAAGGAAGCAUUCAAAGGAUGAAACAAAAUCUGAUGAGAAUGCAAACUAACCCCACAGAUUUAAGAGAGAAAAUGAGAAAGGAACUAACCCUUGAACAGAUAACUAAUUCUGGGAGCAAUCCAGAUGACUUUCAACUUUUAUUGCCAAAAGAUGAAGUUUCAAGCAAAACAAGGUGUCUGAUAGAGGAGAUUUCCAGUACAGAGAGCCGGGUAGAGAUGAAGGAACCAGCCUAUGAAUUAGAAAUUGUGGCUGAUCAGAAUAAGAAACCUCUGAAAAUUGAGAUAAAAGUUGAAUUACCUGGUAUUAAUUCCGCAUCUCUCUGUGACCUUAGUGUUUCUGAGGAUGACUUAUUGAUUGAGGUCCCGGAGAAGUACAGACUACAUCUGAAUCUUCCAGAAUCUGUGGAUACUGAAAUGACUACAGCAAAAUUUAUUAAAGAGAAAGCUACAUUAAUUGUCAUAAUGCCAUUGGUGGGUGCAGGUAGAGAAGACCCAGCAUUCAGUGAGAAUUUAAACAAGAAGAGCUAAAAGAACUCCCUGGAUUUUGAGAUGCAGUGGACUGGCAGGAGCUGAGCCUGCAGGCAGAGCUUGAACAAACGGAAGAGUGGAGGCAGCGGACUGCACUGUGGGAGAAUCAGAGCGCAGGAUGUAGAGUGGACUGGAAAGUAGGAUUCCCUGUCUAUAUUAUGCCAUGAGUACCUUUGCAUCUGGGUCCUUUCUCGGAGUAUAUAUUUUUAACACAGAAAAUAAAACACUCAUAUUACAAAAAACAAUAACAACAACAACAAAAAACCCACAACCAAACUAAAAACCCCAACUAUAUUGAAAAUCAAUUACCAAACUAUUCAAAAAACAAAACUGUGGGGCACCUGGGUGGCUCAGUCAGUUAA